AUGCGUGCCGGCGGUUGCGCCCUCCAGCAAUCCCUGACCCCCGAGUCUUCCGCCGUCGUACGGCAGGCCGUCCUCCUCGCCCGCCGCCGUGGCCACUCCCAGGUAACCCCCCUCCACGUCGCCACCACCCUCCUCCAUCCCGGCGCCGGCGCCGCCGGCGGUGGCGGCCUCCUCCGCGCUGCCUGCGCCGGCUCCCACUCACACCCCCUCCGUUGCAAGGCCCUCGAGCUCUGUUUCAACGUCGCCCUCAACCGCCUCCCCGCCGGUCCCCACCCCUCCGUCUCCAACGCCCUCGUGGCCGCUUUCAAACGGGCCCAGGCCCACCACCGCCGCGGACCACCCACGGAAGCCCAAUCCCAAAUAUCCCCCACCUCAUCAGCCCAUCUCCUCCCCGUCCGCAUCCCCCUCGACCGCCUCGUCGUCUCCAUCCUCGACGACCCGAGCGUCAGCCGAGUCAUGCGCGAGGCCGGCUUCUCGAGCACCCAAGUAAAAAACAACGUCGAAAAAGCCAUCCUCAACAACAACAAUAAUAAUAAUAGUAACGAUUUGCCACGAAAAAAACUACCAACAAACAAAUCAAGAAACCAACACGACGCCGGAAUAACCGCCGUCGAAACCUUAUUGCUUGGCCGGAAAAACCCUAAGAGCAUUGUUUUAGUUGGUGAAUCCGUCUCCGGCUUGGAAACUUCCGUCAAGGGUUUGAUGGAUAGGGUCGACCGUGGAUUGGUUCGUGAGGAUUUGAGGGAGGUGAAGUUUGUUACUAUACCGCCAUUUUACACGUUUCGCAAUUUGCGUCAGGAGGAAGUCGAACGGAAGGUCGGUGAGUUGAAAGGGCUCGUUAGGGGGUUGUUGGGGAAAGGUGUGGUUUUGUAUUUGGGAGAUUUUAAGUGGAUAAGUGAGUAUAGGGUUAGGUUAGGGUUGGCCGACGAGUACUAUUGCUCGGUCGAGCACGUGAUUAUGGAGAUCGGGCGUUUGGUUCGGGGGAUUGGGGAGGAUGAGAGGUUUUGGCUAAUGGGGGUCGCGACUUUCGAGACGUACAUGAGUUGUAGAAAUGGGUAUAAUUCGCUCGAAAGCGUUUGGGGCUUGCAUCCGGUCACGAUCCCGAGUGAUAAUUUGGGAUUUAGUCUCGUUUCUCAAAGUGAUCAUGAUCAAGAAGAUGUCGAAAAUGGAUAUUCGGAUCAGCUACGACCGAUGAUUGUUAAUGGAGAUGUAACGCUUUUGUGUUGCGCCGAUUGCACAGAGAAAUUCGAAGAAGAAGCUCGGAACUUACGAACGAAUAGCCUCGGCAAAGGUGGAGAGCAUCCAAGCUUGCCCUUUUGGCUUAAAGAUGAAAGUAGAAGACUUAAUAAUAGCCAUAAUAAUCAGAGCUCAGAGGCAGUCAAGGAACUAUGCAAGAAAUGGAACACAUUCUGCAACUCAACCCAUAAAACCCCACCUUUAUUAGACAAAACCCUUACAUUCUCUUACACACCACUUUCUUAUCCUUGCUUUUCAUUUGACCAUCAAAAGAUCGACUCGACCCGGAUCCAUAACCGUUUAUCUUCACCCGACCCGACCCAAAUAUCUAAUCCACUAGGAUCGUUACACAUGCCGGAGACUAGCAAUAUAAAUUCAAGAAACACAAUCUCUUCGAAUUCGGCUUCUUCGAGUGAGGUCAUGGAGGUGGAUCACGCGCGACAUUUCAACGAGUUCAAUGGAGAAAAUCUCAAUGCAUUAUGCGAUGCCCUCGGGAAAGAGGUUCCAUGGCAGAAGGAUGUUAUUCCAGAAAUUGUUGGAACCAUAUUACAAUGCAGGUCCGGAAUGUUGAAAAGAAAGUCCCUAUCUGGAGGCCACGGGCCCAAACAAGAAACAUGGCUUCUUUUCCUCGGCCCGGACAAGGCGCAAUCCAAGGAGCGAAUCUCCAAGGAGUUGGCUAAGAUUGUGUUUGGCUCGUACUCGAGCUUCCUCUCAUUCGGGCCGGGCUCAACCUCUGCCACAUCAUCAAACUACGUAGAAAGAUUCGGUCGGGCAGUGUCGGAAAAUCCUCACCGGGUUUUCUUGUUGGAAAAUUUGGAGCAAGUCGACCGUUGCUCGAGAAUGGGUAUCAAAAGGGCGAUCGAGAGAGGGAGGAUUAUGGACGAGACGGGCCAAGAGUUCGGUUUUCGUGAUGCUAUUAUCGUGUUGAGUUGCAAGGGUUUUGGGCCCACAAGGGCUCGUUCUUCGGAUAAACAAGAAACGGAUAAAAACGGGGUCGUUGAUGAGGAUGAAAGCCCGUGUUUUUCGCUCGAUUUGAAUGUUUCUUUGGAGGGUGAGGCCAUUAAUGAUGAUGAUGAUGAGGGUUUUGAAUUUGAUGAGUUCGGGAUUUUUGAAAAUGUUGAUAGGUGCCUAGUUUUCAAAGAGCCAUGA